CGUUUUUUUAACUUGUAAAUUUUAGCGUAACGCCACGCUUUCGGGACACAAUGCAUGAGCCAUAAGAAAGUGACCCGUAAUUUUUUGUCCUUGGCCUCACCGUGCGCACACACACAAGGCGUAUUAGUAUAUUGAUACACCUCAAUGCUUUCUUUUUUUUAAAUUGAAAGAUUACAUAGAAGCGCCUAACUGUUUGCCGCAUGAAGAUAUUAAAUCAUCUUUGACAGCAUUCGAAAUAAAGUUAUGCCAGAGUUUGAAACGUGUGGAGUUGAGAGGAAAACGUGGACGAAAGGUCCCUAUGAUAUUGACAAAAUCGAAUGAAAAGGCAAUUGCACUGCUUAACAAAACAAGAGGUGAAGUGGGUAUUUCUGAAGAAAAUCCUUAUGUAUUUAGUGUACCGACCACCGACUUGGAAGAACGGGAACUGGAAAUGCUGGCUUCUUACAUGGGGCAUGACAUUAAAGUUCAUCGAGAGUAUUAUAGAUUGCCAGAAGAUACCUUGCAGUUGGCGAAAUGCGGAAAAUCAGUUAAUUUCCUUGGUCCAUAAGGACUUAUGGACCAAGGAAAAUUAACUGAUUUUGCUGGCAAGAGUUUAAAAGACGUUGAGAUCGAUUUGGGUAAGUUUUCGAUCCUUUAUCUCUUCCAGGAUUGUAGGGUAACAAUGUAUGAUAGCCAACUACAUAGACCGACCUGUAUUAAUAAUAUAUAACAGAUGUUGAC